AUGAAAUAUCAGUUUAUAUUACUUGAAAGCUCAGUAUUCAAUGGAAGAUAUUUCUUCAUUGGAACAUCUGGGAAGCGGCUACAAUGUUUGACAUAUCUUCAAACCAUGGCUGAAGAGCUGCUUGUCGUAUUAAAUAAGAAAGAUCCUACGUGUGGGCUAGGAUUUUCAUUAUUAGGAACACCCGGACUUCCUCCAAUUAUAUAUGACAUCGUAGAAAAUUCCCCUGCUGCAGAAAGUGGAAAAGUUGAAGCAGGGGACGUUAUUUUAAAGGUUAAUGAAACAGAUGUUAAUAGGCUUAACACAAAAGAAGUUUUAAAAUGUCUCCGUCUUUGCGAAAAUCCAGUUUCACUCAAACUAAAAAGAGAUCCUGUUGUAAAAGCAAGGGUAAGACGUUACUUGUCUACCCCCCUGGAAUACAGGGGGGAUAUGAAUUUGCCUGAACUAAUUUCUGAGAACGUUGAUAUAUCUGAACCCCCGCCUCCUGUUCAUCCCUUACCACUUGAGGAUGUAACUCGGACAAAUGGCGAAAAAUCAGGCCAACCCAAGUUUGAAGCUUUUGUCAUGACUGGAGAUCGCGUUUUAAAGAUCUGUCGAACUCAACAAGGAUCUGUUCUUCCUAAGCAACAACGCAAAGUAGAUUCUUUGCGUAAUAAUAUGCACAACUACAAUAACCGCCAUCACCAUAGUCACGAGAAGCACAAUUCAGUUCCUACAAGCCCUAUCGAGACCGAAAGAGAAGCGAGAGGUAAAACAAAUUCUGCUGGAACAUCACCAACCCCAGCAUCUUCAUCUUAUGUUGUCAGAACAUCGAAGUCUGAAGAUCACCUUCAAUUCAAUAAGGAUUCUGUAUCGACUGUUUCAAUAGAUAUUGAUGACGAUGUUACCUCAUCACUCAAUACUCUCUUAGAUACAAGGCAGGAGAGUGAAGGAGAAGACCAACGGAUUGUAUGGACCUACAAUGCACCACUUUCUGAUUCCUCUUCAUCCCAAACCACAUCGUCAUCUGAUAACGCAUCUCCUAGAAGAUCUGGAUCUCCAGCUUCACCAACUUCUGUGUCUAGUUCUGUAAUGUCAUCUAAUUCAUCUGAUUCUGACAAGGCUCGACUAGCUCCUACUACUACAACUGCUGCUCCAGCUGGUGGCGAUCUGUCGCAAUCGGAAGCUGUAUCAAAUAUUAGUUCACCAGAUUUUCAGGAAGAGGAUUCCGAAAUCAUCGCGAGGGAUCUAGUUAUGGAGGUGAGCGAUCCAAGUGACAGUGACUCUACUCUACUCGUUAGUGAAACGAACAAGUCGAGAAGAAAUAAUGGGAUCUCAGCCAAAGACGGAGACCAUAGGAUCGUCAUACAGGUUAAAGGUCCUGAUAAACAUAACGACAAUCUUAGUAAUAGAUCAAGUAGCCCGAGAAGGUAUUCGCGACCAAAUUCCAGGGAUUGUGACUUAUAUCAAGGGGAUCAUCCGAUUGGAUACGAGGCUCUUGAGGAUGUUGACGAUGAAAGCUUAAUGCACCUAACAGAAGGAGCAGCUAACUUGGCAAAAUCUAUUUCCCCGCCAGAAGAAGAAAGCGAUGUCGAUUCUCUGCACAGCUAUCAUUACAGCCCAAAGGCGGUGGACAUUCCUUCUGCAGUAAGGCUUGCUAAAAGAUUGUACACAUUGGAUGGUUUCAAGAAAUCUGAUGUUUCGCGUCACCUCAGUAAAAAUAAUGACUUCAGUCGAGCUGUAGCGGAAGAGUACCUGAAGUACUUUACAUUUAGUGGUGAUACGCUGGAUGCUGCGCUGAGGAAGUUCCUAACGCAGUUCUGUUUAACUGGAGAAACCCAGGAAAGGGAAAGAGUUCUAGUCCAUUUUAGCAAGCGAUAUCUCGACUGUAAUCCAGCGGUUUUCAGCUCUCAAGAUGCUGUGCAUACUUUAACAUGUGCCAUAAUGUUGCUCAAUACAGACUUGCACGGUCAAACAAUUGGUCGUAAAAUGACAUGUAACGAAUUCAUCGAUAACUUAGCAGAAUUGAACGAUGGUGAAAAUUUUCCUCGAGAGAUAUUGAAAAAUCUUUAUCAAUCAAUCAAAAACUAUCCUUUAGAAUGGGCUGUAGAUAGUGAAACUGAUGAACAACCAUCUGUCAAACCUGGGCCUGAAAAUCAAACAGGAAAUACUAUUGUCCAGACCGCUAAAGGAUUGUUUGAUGUACCUUCUUCAGCCCCCGCAAUCGAAUAUAAAAAGGGUUACGUCAUGAGAAAGUGUUGUGUUGAACCAAAUGGCAAAAAAACACCUCUUGGGAAAAGAGGUUGGAAAAUGUACUAUUGUACGCUUCGGGAUCUUGUUCUCUAUCUUCACAAGGAUGAGCAUGGGUUUCGUAAAACUCAACUUAGCGACAAUCUUCACAAUGCCAUAAGAAUACACCAUUCUCUGGCUACAAAAGCUACAGACUACACUAAAAAACUCCACGUUUUCAGACUCGAAACUGCUGAUCAAGCUGUUUACCUGUUUCAGACAAGCGAUUCGAAGGAACUUCAGUCGUGGAUAGAUACAAUAAAUUUUGUAUGUGCCAGCUUUUCUGCGCAACCAUUGCCAGGUGCCGUCGGUUCUCAGAAGAAGUUCCAAAGACCUCUUCUUCCUUCAAGUCAUACAAAAAUGAAUCUUAGAGAGCAACUUCGUGAUCAUGAUAUCAUGGUUCAAAAGUUAGAAAGUGAACUUGAAACACACAGGCGGCAUCCUCCUGAAAGAGGUGCCAAGCAGUUAGCUCUUUACAAUUUUAGGGAAAAAGAUAAUUAUCUACAAUAUGAGAUAAAGCGAUACAAGACAUACGCAUAUUUACUAAGAUCACGGAUGUCUCAGCUGCCAGAUAUGAUUGAAGGGUCACUAAUAGAAAGCAUUGGGGAAAGCGUAGAGGAAACAGGCGUGGAUGGUGAGCGAAGAGGCAGGUAUACUUACCGGGCUCCAGACUUGGGCUGACGGUUCAUAUCUGCUUGCAUUGUUUAAUACAUUGCAAUUGUAAAACUUAAUCUUCUCUCACUUCUUAACCACUUGAAAAUGACUUUCCUAUUGAGUUUUAUGUAAAAAUUAAAAUAAUCGAGGAGUUUAGAAGAAUUGAGAAAGAUUUCAGCGAUUGAGCUUUUUGAGUCUUUUGAUCAAGGCUUUAAUGUACAUUCCUAGUCGUUACCAAUCUCACCUAGUUAGUAUAGUUGUUAAAUGUUUAUCUUUUGUACAAAUAUGUUCCAAGGAAUGCCUAUAAUUGAGGAAAUAGCUGAAAUUAUUUAUAAUUGUUGUUGAAAAUUCUAAUAAUGAUGUUUAGCUCGCAUAUGUUAUAUUUCUACUUCUUUUCUACCCAUUAUCUAUACAGUCAAUCAUAAUAAAAUACUCUCCUCCCCCUCCCCGUAUAACAUCACUUUUUUUUCCAUUUUAGUAUAAAAUAUUCAGUGUAAGUACAAAACAAAGAGACGGGGAAUUUUAUAUUUUGACUUUUUCUUACAACUUUUUUAUAUGCAUUCGAAAAUCAAUUCUCUAUUAAAACAGUUUUUCAACUAGUUGUAACUUAUCUAAAAUAGAUCUAAGUAAUUUAUAAGUACAAACUGAGUAAAUAAGUAAAUAUUUAGCAAUUUGGAUAUUCUCUGCACCUUUUUUUUACUUAAUUACAUUACUAUUAUUUAUUUAUUCUUAGAUUGUUUAAGCGUAUUCUCAAUGCUCAUUCUGAUUAAAAGUUUUCUUGAUCUUAGUUUGAAAGUUUUGUGCUGCUCACAUAAAACAUAAACUUCCCGAAAUUUUUUUUUAAAUUUUAUUACUUAUUAAUUUAUUUCUAGUGAGGGAAAAAGACCAAGACUGAUCUAUUUAUAUUAAAGAGGUUUAUGUCACUUGUAUACUUUUAUUUUUCCAAGUACAGCUGUACUGUGCAGAUGACUUGUAAGGAAUGACCAUUUAGAUCUGAAAUCAAAUUACUUUGUAAGAAAUAUAAAAAAAACUUAUUUAUGAAUGCUAUCUUGGGUUUCUCAAUUGUAGUAAAGGAGAAUGUUAUGAUGAAAUGGUUGUCAGAAAUUUGUUUUAAUGUUAAUUCAAAUUUAUCAAUUUAUUUAGCAAAAUAUUCCAUUAGAUUAUUUUCAGAAUAUCAUCUUUUGAGAUCUAGUUAUAUAUGUUUAAGUUCUGCCAACUGAAAGUAAAAGAUCUGAACUUAUUUCCAACAACAAUCUGAUUUUUGUGGCUUUUGUAAAAGUAUUAAUCCCCAUCUCUUAAAAUUUUGGAUGUGUUAAGUAUAGUUAUAACUUCGACAUUCUGAUUCAUUUAUUUUAUUUGUUAUGUGUUUGAAUCAAUGUUAACAAAACAUUAAUGUUAUUUCAACUAAUUCUCAAAAGUGUAUUUUUGUUUGGGUUUAAAAAAGUAUUUUUCUAAUUUGUGUUAGUUAUGUAUUAUUCCCAUUAUAUUCAUGGGAGUCGGUCCUUUUCCCCAAUUAAAAAUUAGAUUAAUCAUCCAUUCGAUCAUUAAAUGUUUUUCCCACUUUAAGAAAUUAUAUUUUACUGGUGCCAUUCCAAAUGUUUAGAAAUUAACAAUUAAUUUUGGUUUUCAAAACACAUGCAUUAAUAUUUCAUUUUUAUGACUUUUGAAGAAAAAUUUUCAGCGCAUCUUCAGAAAAUAUAAUAAAAUAAUUUUAAAAAUAUCGUUAAAAGGUGUUCUGGAUGUUAAAUACAAAAUAAUUUUUUUUCUAUAAUUGUAAAGAUUUUGAACUUAUUGAAAUAUAGCUUUAAUUAUUUUUUUAAUUGGGUGGUUUCAAAUUAAAUUGAAUAAAUGACCAAGCAAUCUCAUUAUUUCCAUAUUUAUUCAGUAAUCUUUUUUUUUAUAAUUGUAAAGCGAUGGAUUUUAUCUUGGAUGAUAUAGAGUUAGUCAAUUUUUUAUUUUGUUCAGGAAGUGAUUAUUAUAUCAUUAAAGUGCAGUGAAUUUAUAAAACAUUCACUUUCAUUAAAAAAAAAAAGUAAAAAUUGGCUUACUCAGCUUAUUUUGUAUUAGGGGUACCAACAUUUUGUCUAUUCCGCUUUAUUUGGAAAAUCACUACCUCUUUUCUUCUUUUUUUUAUAUAUAUAAUGAAAUUAUAAUUUGCCUUAUCAGAAGGAAAUGACUAAAUUUAUUAAGAAAUUGAUGAGAACCUUACAGGAUUUCCAGUGAACUGGAGAUCCUAUUUUGUUUGAGAAAUGGUACCUUAAGUUACUGAAUAAAAUAAUAAUAUUUUGAGUAUUUAGGAACCAAUAAAUUGGUGGCAUUAGGAAAAAUUAAGCAAUACAUUUUGAGAUGGAGGUUUCUUACAAUAUCAAAAAUAUAUAUUAGUUUUCUAAAUAACAUAAUUGCUGGUUGAGCAAGGGUGUUAUUUGAAACCUUUUUAUAAAAUCCGAUUUAGUAGAAUGAAAAGGUCUGGACUAUUUGUCUUUGUUUUUUAAUUGAUUAUAGUUACAUUGAAAUUUUCAUCCCAUUACAUUAUGGUGUUAAUCAAGUUUUGAUAAACAAUUCAUCAAUUUAUAAUCAAAUAUAUAAUUAUAUUAUGAAUGACUUUGCUUGGUUAUUUCCUCUUUAUCUGGAUUUGAAAUAAUUUUCAUGAAUAUAUUAUUAAAUAUACCAUGUGCAGAUAUAAUAUGUUGUCAUGAUCAUUCUAAAGAUUAAUGAUUUCAUGUCCAUAAAUGACUUCAAAAAUAAUUGUUUUCGUAUUAUAUAUUGAAAAGCCUUUAUCCAAAACAUUAAUUAAGCUUAAAUUAGUGAUCAACGUUAUUGUUUUUUUGUUGAUUGAUAAUAUUAAAAACAAAUUCUACUGUGUCAAAGUCUGUCAUUUACAACAUUACGAAAAGGUGCCUCGAAGUAAAAUGUGUAUUUUUGGACUAAGGCUUUGUGAAUAAGCACCACUAAAAUUAAUUUAAGAAACUAGAUAUUUAUCUAAGCUGUUACAAACUUAGAACAUUUAAUCGUGAAUAUUUAAGUAUAUUUUUCUUAGCAAUAACAUUAACAAUUCAUUCAGAAAAGAUAAAUGGAUAAAAAAACUAAAGAAUAGUAUGAUCUACGGUAUUCGAUUUACCUGUUUUAUUUUUAUAUUUGUAAAUUAUCUUUGUAGAAUGCAUUUACGGUGUAAAAAUGUAAUAACGAAGGCUGUCAUAUUAACUAGUUGAUGUUGACUUUAUUAUUACUUUUUUUUUAAUUGUGUUCAUCAAAGAAAAUUAAGAUUAACCUAAAAAAAAACAUAGAAUCUCUAGGUUGCAUUUUGUAAGUGUACUACGUAAAGGUUUAAUAAUUUAGUUUAUAAAUCUUAAACUGCCUGUUAUGUAUAUUAUUAUUUAUUUUAUUUUUUUCAUUUAUACUUUUGUAAAUAUAUUUGUAUAUUUCUUUUGUUAAUACUGGGUUGUAUAUUUUUGAAAAUACUCUUUUAAUAUUUAUUAACAUCUAAUUUAUUGUUUUAGAGUUAUUAAGGUUAUAGUGAGUUGUUUUGUUUAUUAUUUUAUUUUUUUAUAUGAUUAUCGGAUAAUAAUUUAUAAAUUUUCUGUUUUGUUUGUAUAAAAUUAACAGUUUUUUUUUUUUAUUAAAUCAUAAUUUCUACCCACCUAACCUUGUAUUGAUAUAGGGAAAAAUUGGAGGAUAACUAUUAGAUUGAAAAACUCUUGGUAGAAAUAUUUAAAGAAAUAUAUACAUAUAUAUCUGGUAGGUUUAAUCCUUCUAUAAUGUAUUUCUUUCAGUGUACAGAAUAUUUUUUUUAUUUUUGUUCAAAUAUUUUAAAUCUUUAAUCUUUUAUUAAAUAAUUUUUAAGUGUAAAUUUGUACAUAUAUGUAUGGAGUAUAUGUAUAAAUGUAUAGGUACAAUAUGCUGGUAUGUUUAUAUAUAUAUAUAUAUAUAUAUAUAUAUAUAUAUACACAUACUUGUACUUCCUUAUAUGCAAACACAUGUAUUAAUAAUAUUUUGUCCUCUUAUCCAAUAAUCUCAUUUUCAAAAAAAUAAAAAAAAAUGGAGACAUUUUAGAUUUGAAUUUUUCAAUUAAUAAAAAGUUAUUUGUGCCAAUAUUUUGUGGCUGUAUCAUAUUUCUAUUAAAAAAAUAAAAGUAUGAAUGUCUUCUAAUAAUAGACACGGGCAUUUGACCAAUGUUUAUAUGUUUCAGUGUAAAAUAUAAUAUAUAAUUAAAAAUAAUUGCCAUUGGUUAAUUAAUUGAUUUUGCAAUGUCUUUCACAUCUCAUAUAUAUAUAUAUAUAUAUAUAUAUAUAUAUAUAUAUAUAU